UUGCAGGAGGAAUGGAAUAAAAAGGGUCAAUUCUCAGAUUUUACUGCGGAGACAUUGCUUCAUUGGAUAAGUCAAAUUCCACAAAAUAAACCUCCAGAUCGACCUUGGGUCAUUGCUGGUGCUAUGCCUACAAUGGCGACUCUGCGUUCUACCCUCCUGGUUCCCUCUAAUUUAGGAAAGAGGACGCCGAAAUUCGCUGUCACAAAUCAUCCACACUAUGAGAAUGUUGUCAUUCGUUGGCGUACGGAACUCGUCUAUUCCAUCUUCAGCCGUAAACCUCCAGAAGCUGUGUGGCGAAUUUAUCGGGACAUUUUGAAGGCUGACUUCGUUGUAAUUGAACGUGAAGGAUGCCUCAGUUCGGGUGCACUACCUGGUUGUUCAAUGGCAGAAAUCUGGGAUCGUCUUGAUCCCUCUCUUUCUCAUAUUCAGGGUAAUCUUUGUGCGCUAGCUUUCUCCAAAGAUUCUUUUCCUUUAUCGAUUUCUAGUUACUUUGCCCCAGUUUUCGUGUCUGCUGAUCAGACUCUGGUUGUUUGGAGAAUUUUGCCGGGCUAA